CGUUUUCCUUGUUCAGAAAUAUUUAUUUUUGCUUUAUCUUCUGUUAUGGUAUUUUCUCUCUGUGGAAAACACAAGACAUGGUGUGUUAAGUUUUAUCUUCAGAAGGCCAGGUUGUUGUUAGUCUUUUGGAAAACUGGACCUUAUCUGCUAGAGAAGAUUAGAUUCGGCAGUAAAUUCAGAUAACUGGAAGUACGAAUCACCUUCUUUCUCUCCCAAGAAAAACUUCACAUUUUACUAGCAAUUUGUUUAUAACUUUAGCUACCAUCUUUGGGGAGACAGGUAGAAAGAAUUUAGAGUAAUUAUCCAGACAAACAUGUUGUGGACAUUUGGGGUAAAAAUGUAUCUUUUCUUAAAUAACUGAAGCAUCAGGUGAGUGCUCUUGGAAGUUAUUUUCAUAGCAUGUAGCACAGUGGUUGCACAGACACAGCUGUCACAGGGCAGUUACAAAGCCUGCAAUAAAUGCAGCAUCAUUGACUAGAAAUUCUUUUGCCCUUUGUAAACCAGGAUAUAGACUACUUUUUGUUUGUCUUGGAAUGAAUGUGAGCAACAGCUUGGAGACCAGUCUAAAUUCACACCUUAGUUUAAUCUGCAAUAAUAAAUAUAUUGCAGUGUCCGUAUCUCCGUUUCGUCAGCCCCAAAGUGGGAGCGAUGUUUAAACUUUGAAACCUCACCGAGAUAACGUACAGACAGAUUUGAUACUUGUGACCAAAUUGGGUCACAAAUGUCGUGACUUCCGGAUUUUAUGAGGGCUGAGUAUGUAUUUUGUGUGAGUCAAUACAGGGUUCAAACAAUGCACAGGCAUUGUACAUUGACAGUCCGCUCUUGGAUUUAUUUAAUUCAGUGCCAGAUUCUUCAGUUUUAUUUUACGUCUUGUUUCUAAGUUGUGCUUUGUGACAUGUUUUAUUUUCAUAAUAUCAUUCUUUGCUGUCACUGGAUGUUCAUAGUUCAAGAUAAUUCUCUGAUGGUUAAAAUAAGGGACAAUUUGAAUAUAAUUAUGAUGCUGUUUCAGAGUUGCUAUAUGGAUAACUUAAUACCUUUAAGUUUUUUUCGUAUUUCUUAAAAUUUCAUACAGUUUCAUCAUCUGUUAGUCUGGGAGCUCCUGUGUAGACUUAUAAUUCACAGAGCUAGAAGAAGACUUCUCCCUUAUCGUAGAUAACUUAGCAUUAUCCUCUUGACUGCCUGGAGUUAACCACAAAGGAAGGAAUGGCAGGGCUGGGUAGGGAUUGCAAGGAAACGAUGUGUGAGGAAUAGGUGGAAAUUGGCAAUUCACUUGAUUUUUCUCUUUUGUUUUGUUUCUGGAAGAAUAGGAUUCUUGUCAAUUUGCAGUCAGGUUGUACUGAUAACUUAAAGCUGGUUGGCACAGGUGAGAAUGAAGCCCUGAAAAAUGUUACUGGGAAGAUGGCAGCGGUGUGUAAACCCAAGCAGGGAGAGUAUCUCACCGGGAAAGUAAGAGGAUGAGUAAAUCCAGAGUGUGCUCAGGAGCUUGGCUCUCCUCAGAACCAGCAGUCAGGACAUGUGACAAAUCAGGGUCUCCUUUGGUUACACACCAAAAUAUGUCCCAUCGGUGAGCUCUGAAACAGGCCAUGCAGAAAGACUCUGGAAUUUCCAUGCUGGCAGACUCUCAAACUUUGACUGCAAAAGGCUCUGAGGAGCUGGCCCUUACUGUGCAUGAAGCCCAGCUUCACCAGGAGAUUGGAUUCCACACCUCCAGCAACCCCUUCCAAGCUAAACCAUUCUCUCACUCAGAUGGAAAAUACACCCAGUGUGUAGGGGUUUUUGCUUCUCUACUCAUACUGAGAGAUUUGAAGCAUUGCUUAGAGGACAGCCUCUCUCCUGGGGCCAUUGCAACCCUAAAAUCCAUUUUUUACUCUGUUCCCACCAAAGCAGAGCUUUCUGCCACUCCAAACUGGUGACCUUUAUUUCCCAAAGUUAGGCAGCACGGUUGUCCUUGGGGCUGCUUUGCGCCGCUGACAGACAGACUUAGCCUCUUGCUGGAAAGGUUGCCAAUUCCCUGAUGAUGAGGCAAUCUCAGGCAGCUAGGAAAGGUUGGGUUUCAAAACUCAGAUUCCCAUGAACUUGCAAAAACAAGCCAUUUCCCUGGUGGCCUUUCCCUGUGGUGUUGCUGCUGCACAUUCUGGAUCCUGUCCAGGGUAGUCUCUUCAAGCUGAGAGCAGACUGGAUGUUUGCUUGGAGCCAGUGCUACAGCACUGCAGCAUUCCUCUCUGGUUUAAUGAGAAAAGAGUCCCUGGCUUGGGGAAAAACUCCUGCAUCUGAAAUAGCACUGAUGGGACCAUAAGCAUUUCAUGUGGUCUCUGUUAUUUGGUGCUUUCCCCGUUUCAUAGUAACAGCUGCUUUGCACAAACUGUAUUUGCAGCUGAUUGUGCAAUGCAAAGGUGCUGAUUUCUGUACAAUUUAUAUACUGUUAUUUGUUAUUACAUAUGAAUUUAUGUAGUGGUAUUAGGGUAGUAAUUUUUAUAGCAUUUGAUCUGUCUUAAGUGGACAGGGUUGAGUCAGUCUUCCCAGCAAACACAGAAACAAAUGGGUGGGUUAUGGAUUUCCAAAUUUAAUUCCUCCUUGGAUUCCAAGUCCCUUUUUCAAGUGGUGGGGAGGGGUUAAAAGUCAGAUUAGGUCAGGACAGUGAGGUGCAAUCCUGCUCUCCUGUGACUCUCACUGACUUGGUCAGAGUUAGAAUAUGGGAUGUUUUUAAUUGGGAAUUGUGUCACCUUGCUGGUUUUGUGUAGAACAGAUUUUUUGUCUUGCACUACGUGUUAAAUAAUAUAAAAGGAUCUUAAUUUUGAGCUUUCAAAUUAAUGUAAUUUUAUGACAUUUGCACUGAAUCAUGGAAUGAAUUUUGUUUAAAGUACCUCUCACUAAUCCUUUCUGCUACAAAUCACAAAAUAACCAGCAGUUGUGUCAUUGCUGAGGUUGUUGGUCACAGGUUUUAACAGUGCAUGACCCCACUGGCAUCCUUGGGCUGCAGUUCACAUUGAAUACAGCUGGGAAAAAAAAGACUGAUUCCAUGCUUUUAAGGUCUGGUUUUAUGUCAACAAUGAGAUAAUUAGCUGCUGAGAACUUAACUUUUUGUCACUGCAUUUGAUGUAGAUCUUGAAACGUUGCUUAUAAAUAAAAGGAAAAAAAACCGGGAAGAGUGAGAGCGGUUUGAAUCCUCUUCUUUUGUGGCAUCCUGACAAAAAAAAUACUAUAGCACAUACUUGAAAUACAUGUUGGAGGCUGCAAAAUGCUUCAUUAUUGCUCCUUGAUGGUGACCAUUAGGAAUAAUGUGUAAUUAAUAUACAAGUGCUUUCAUAUUAGAACAGGAUGUGAAAAUACAUUCAUCUGCAUCCAAUGUGGCAUUUCUGGUGGCUGGAGAUCACAGAGAGAAAGGAAGAAGCUGCUUUUUUGGGGUCAGCACUUACUAUAGGUUCCCACAUCACACUGGUGCUGCUGGGCCUUUUGGAAUGUGAGGAUACAGUUCGGUAUUUAAAAUAUUCCUACACUGAGGCUCCCAGUAAGUGUUUCCUUUUCAGUCACAGGCCAAUUUCUGUAAAAAGUCCUUUGUAAAUUAAAUAAGUUUAUCAAUUACGUGGACUUGUAAUAAUUGAGAUUUUUCAUCAGUCCUCACCUCGCCCAGAAGCUGAGCUGAGUUUGUCUGUUCUACCUCAGGGUUUGCUAGGGAAACCAUAGGGAUGGAAUUCUCUGCUUGCUCCUCGUUGCUGCUAAAAAUAUGUGCAGUUUGGGAAAAUAUGCCUAGAUCUGACUUUUCCUGACCUUCUGCAUAUUCUAAUAAACUGUUCAGAGAACUUGAGCAGCUGCACUGAGGAAACGUCAAAAAUAUCUCUUGGCACACUCUGACUCCAUGCACGGAUCGGUCUCCCCUUUGUGAAAACAAAGACCUUUCUGUGAGUCAUUUAUAUUCUUUGUGGUUUUUUCAAGUAAUGCUUCUCUGAGGCAUUUCUACUUUAUAUUCUUGUUAGCAGAAUCAAGGGCAUCCAAGUACAGAUUCAGCCUGAGACCUCUGGGCUGCAGGGAAAGAACCUCCCGUUGGUACAGGUGACGGGAGAGCAGGGAGGGAUGAGUUGGGUUUGUAAGGCAAGAAGCUGAGCCCCUGUUAUGAAAACCAGGUCACUUCAAUAGAAGUUUGUAAUUUCCAGCGAUAGGGGUUUAAGUUGAUGGUGUUGAAUGCUGUGGCAUCACAGAUAAAAUGGUUUUGAUAGCAAGGCAGAGAGGAGUACUGGGGUUUUACUCCAUUCUACAGAAGAACAGGACUGUGCUGUGACAAAUUCCACCCAUGGCCCCAAAUUGUCAAUAAGCCUAAAUCUAGUCAGCCAACUCUGGUCUGUUCUUCUGCUCAGGUUAGAGCAACUGCUGUAUCAACAGCUUGGUUAAAAAUCUGUAGUUUAUUCGUGCUUUAUUCAUUAAUCUGGGCAGAUUUUUUGGUGUUGUUUUGUUUUGGGACUUUUUAAUUUGGAUGUAUUCCUUGAAAGAUGGUAAUCGUGGUUCAUGGUUGUGGAUGUGUGUUGGCUGGUUUCUUAUAUAAAAACUUAUGCUGGAUAUCUGAAGUGUGACUUGGCUUUAAAGCAGUGGGGGUUUUGCUAGUUCUUCAUGGGUUCAAGUAUGAAAUCAUGCAUUUUCCUUAUUCUGAAGCAAAAGAGAGGUAAAAUAGAAAGAUUCUCUCUUUAUUCCCUCUCUUGGGCUGUAGUUGUGUUUCUGUGGUAUUUCCAGUAGGAUGACUUUUGCAAAUAACUUGUCUGAUUUUGUUUUUGUUCCACAUUCUUGUGUUGCUUCAGCAAUGAUGGAUUGAAAUUGCAGCAAUACUUAUAAACUUGAUUUAGCUGCAGUGAGACAAGAUGACUUCUCUGCUUUUUAGAAGUGGCAUCGCUUGGCUGGUUUUUUUUUUUUUUGGCUGAGUAAGGAAAAGCAAAGUUCUCGUCUCCAGCAGGAAUUUAUUCUUGAAAUAAGCACUGAAAGUUCCACGAUGAGAAUAGAUUGCUGGAGUUGAUCUCAUCCCCUGCAUGAGUAAUUCUGGGUGGUUGUUAGCAGACUGAACAGGAGAUUAUAAACUCAGAACCCUAGCUUUGUUUCUGGAAACUCCUGAGUGAUAAAGGAGCUGGGAAUAGCUCCUUCACAGGAUUAUCUUUACACUGGGGAUGGCGAUAUGGAAAUAAUCUGCCCCGCUCACAUCUCCAGACUGUCCCCGUAGCGCGCAGCUCCAAGGAAUUGGCAGCUCCCUCUUUCAAAGCUUCAUUCUGAGUAUUUUUCAAAUGGCAAAUAUCCAACAUUAAUAAGCCACAUAGCAGAGCUGGGAGGAGGCUGGAUGUGGGGGCAGCAGGAGCACGUUCAGCUUCAAACAGGCUUUGUAAUAGUCAGAACAGUGUACAAUACUGGAGGAAGAGAAGCUGCAGCAAGAAGAACGAAUGAGAAUGGAAUCCAGGCGACAAGUCACAGUAUCCUGGGACUCAGGAGGAUCAGAUGAAGCUCCUCCCAAGCCCAGUAGACCUGGUUACCCCAGUCCCAGAUCCAGUGAAGGUUUUUAUCCAAGUCCACAGCAUAUGGUACAGCCAAAUCAUUACCAGGUGUCUGGCUACCCUGGUUCUCAUGGGAUACCAGCCAUGGCAGGCAGCAUUUAUCCUGGGCAAGCUUCUCUCUUGGAUCAAGCAGAUUCCUGGAACCAUCGGCCUCAGGAAAUAUCAGUGUGGCAACCAAACAUGGAGGAUUCGGGCACUAUGGACAUACGAGGGAUGAGCCAAGUUCUGCCCACACACCUCAUGGAGGAGAGGUUGAUACGACAGCAACAAGAGAUGGAGGAAGAUCAGCGCUGGCUGGAGAAAGAGGAACGAUUCCUGAAACCCGACGUGCGGCUCUCCAGGGGCAGCAUCGACCGGGAGGAUGGAGGUCUCCAGGGCCCAGCUGGUAACCAGCACAUAUAUCAGCCUGUGGGUAAACCAGCAGAUCAUGCAGCUCCGCCAAAGAAGCCCCCGCGCCCCGGAGCCCCCGGACAUCUGGGCAGCCUGGCCAGCCUGAACAGCCCUGUGGACAGCUACAACGAGGGCGUGAAGAUUCAGCCGCAGGAGAUCAGUCCUCCUCCCACGGCCAACCUGGACCGCUCCAAUGACAAAGUCUAUGAAAAUGUAACCGGGCUGGUGAAGGCAGUGAUAGAGAUGUCCAGUAAAAUCCAGCCAGCUCCGCCCGAGGAGUACGUGCCCAUGGUGAAGGAGGUUGGUUUGGCACUAAGAACCUUACUGGCAACUGUAGACGAGACCCUCCCAGUGCUUCCUCCGAGCACCCACAGAGAGAUUGAGAUGGCACAGAAGCUGCUGAACUCGGACCUGGCCGAGCUCAUCAACAAGAUGAAACUGGCCCAGCAGUACGUGAUGACCAGCCUGCAGCAGGAGUACAAGAAGCAAAUGCUGACGGCUGCUCACGCUCUGGCUGUGGAUGCCAAAAACCUGCUGGAUGUUAUUGACCAAGCCAGACUGAAAAUCAGCCAGUCCAGGCCACACUAAGCACUGAGGGAAGAGUGUCAUCAGUCUCGGAAUUCUGCUUGCGACAGGAUGUUCUUCACCUUCCACCAGCAGUGAGGAUUAACCCAGUGCAGUCCUGGCUUUCCAGCGCCUCUCGCUUCAGCAGACCUGACCGACCGCCGCUGGUUCUCCCAUCGCAGCAGUUUAACCCAGUCUUUAUCAUAAAGCCAAGCUGGUCUGGGAUUCAGAAGUGGCAUCACCACAGAUGAGGUUUGUACAGGAGCCCUCGGGAACUCACGGCCCCAGAGUGCAGGGCCCUUUGCACCAUCGCAUGGAGCUGCCACAGGGUCACGAUCUCGGAGCCAAAACUGUUGGAGCAGCAGAUCAGAGAAAGAUAUUGUGAAGUGAAGAAUUCGGGGAAACCUCAGGGCUGAGAAUUCUUGCCCACAGUAUAUGAACUAUCCAGACUGGAAUUUUUUUUUAUUAGAACACUUAUGUCGCAAUAUGCUAAUCACGAUUUACAGAGAAAGAAUAAAAAGCUAUAUUUUCAAGACUUCGGUCAUUUCAAGACAAACUAAAGCCCUCUUCAUCUUCUGCCUUUUUCUUUUAUGUGACUGUGUGAAGCAUUUGUUUGGAACUAGCUGUAGGACACAACUGAACACUCGUCUUUUUCACCAGGAUAACGUGCCAGUUCUUUUGUAGCAAUGUUGUUUUCCUUGGAAGUGAAAAUGCUGCUUUGUACCAGAGCAAUUCAGAGCUGCAUUUAGAGGAGUUCUGUAACCAUCCAUGUCCCCCAUUUUUAUAUAAUUUAUAAAGACAGAUUAAAGCCAUGAUGACUAUUUUAAAUCCACUGUAGUUAACUAACCCAUCCUUUUGUCUAUCUUGCCUGGGAGGAGUUACAGUAGAGCAGUGUAAUUAGAUUUUCCUUGGUUUUCCAGUUAUGCCAUCUGUUCUGUUGAAAUAAAAACCACACUCCCUUUUUGCUGUUGAGGGAUAUAAAUUAUUCUCAGGAAGAAUAUAAUAAACUGUACAGUUACUUUGACCUAUUAAAAAGGUGUUACCAGUGAAA